ACCGAGAUCGCCCCGCCCCCUGGUCGGUCCCCCACUUCCGCUCCUGCGCACUGGGGCUCGAGCGGACCGCGCUGUCUGGAGGACAUGGCUACUUCCCGCUUACCCCCAGCGACGCUAACGCUAAAGCAGUUCAUGAGAAGGCAACAAGUUCUCCUUCUCUACAGAAGGAUUUUGCAAGCAAUCCGGCAAGUUCCAAAUGAUUCUGAUCGCCAAUACCUGAAGGACUGGGCAAGAGAAGAAUUCAAAAGAAACAAGAGUGCCACCGAAGAGGAUACAAUCCGGAUGAUGAUUACUCAAGGCAAUAUGCAGCUCAAGGAGUUAGAAAAAACACUUGCUUUAGCCAAAUCUUAACUAUAGCAUU